UCAUACGUCACUUGUCACCUGUCAAAACAAAACAAAGUGAAAAUGGGCGAGGACGACCCAUACGCACAAGUUUGUUCUGGAAAAUUACAACUAAAAAACGACGGCAUUAAAAAGAAAAAGAAGAAGAAGAAGGACAAGAAGUUGCUCGAACAAGUGACCAAAGCCGUGGAAAGUCAGACCCCGGAAGUCAAAUCAGCCGCAAACAAAACCAAAGCGGAAAUGGCUUUCGUACAAAUGCAGGAAAAAAUGCAAACUAAGCGCAUACUUGAGAAGGCUUCAAUGACUCAUAAAGAACGGGUGGAAAAAUUCAACCAACACUUGGACGGACUCACGGAACACUUCGACAUUCCCAAAGUAUCGUGGACGAAGUAAAAUUGGUUUAUUUACGUAGUAACAUAGGUUAACAUUAUUAAAUUUGUUUUUUAUUGA